CCAACCAUGGCAAUGCCAGACUGGUUUCGACACAUGCCUGCGGAUGUUUUGGCACCAGGCGCCCUGCACUUCUAUGAUGCUGCAACUGCUUUUCGAGUUGGCGCAACUGACCGUCAAAUGCGAAAUGCACUGACUCAGCAACUAUUGGGAAUCAAGGUCAACGUCCGCAGAAAGCGCUUGUCUCCGGAGGUUGUUCAAUCACUUGCAAAGUCGCUGAGAGCCUUGGAAGGCUUGAAGGAAUUGGAGGUCGAUGUCAGUUUCACAUCUAUUGGAGAGCACGGAGCCUGCCAAUUGGCCCAGGGCAUUGGUGCGUUGCGCCGUUUGCAGAGCCUUGAGCUGCUAUUGGCAGGGGCCGGACUUGGGCACAGUGGAUGCGAAAGAUUUGCGAAGGAGCUUACCUCUUUGAGGGGCCUGGCAAGAUUGAAACUUGAUCUAAGCGUGAAUGAAAUUGGAGAUGCUGGGUUGCGUGAGUUGUCCAAGUCCCUGCGCUCGGCCUUUCUGCUGAAAGCCUUGGUCUUGGACUUGAAUCGCAACAGAAUUUCUGAUCCAGGAGUGGCUUGCCUGGCCCAAGUGGUACUGGAGCUGCCGGCCCUGACUGAAUUUGAGGUUGCUCUUUUCGACAAUCGCGUUGGUGAGGAUGGAGCUCGGCAAAUGGCCACAACAAUGAGAGGAUUGCGCAAGCUCUCACGACUUGUCCUGGGUUUGAACAGAAAUGCAGUUUCAGAGGCUGGUGUCCAGGACAUUGCCCAUGCGCUGAGUUCCCACAGUCUUCGAGACUUGGAGCUUGACCUCAGCGUGAGUAGCAUUGGAUGGGCAGGUGCCCAUGAUUUGGGCAUGGCCCUUUCCAACCUUCAGGGCCUGCAGAACUUGAGCAUUGACUUGAACGUGAACCAUGUAGGUUCUGCCGGCGCGCGUUUGUUGGCCCAGGCGAUCUCUUCACAGCAAAGUCUGGUAAGUUUGCGUUUAUUGGCCUCUGGGAAUCGAAUCCGCGAGGUUGGUGCCAGAGAACUGUCGCAGGCAUUAGCCAACUUGCAUUUGCUGGUGGACUUGGAAUUGGACGUCAGUGGAAAUGGCAUAGGUGACUCCGGUGCUUGCGAGUUGGCUCGUGCCAUGAGCAGCCUAUCGAAGCUUUGCAGGUUGGUUGCAGACCUUCGUGGAAAUCUUGUUGGGGACAAUGGUGAGCGUGAAUUGGCUCGGGCCGUUGGCGAGCUGCCUAAGCUGGAAAGGCUCGAGCUUCGGCUUGGAGGAAACUGUCGUUCAUCUGGAGCUGGCCCCCUGCAUCACGAGCUGAAGAAUGCAGUGCGAAAGCUGCAAACUGGUGGCUGCAUUUGUGAUUUUUCAUAUUGAGCUGCCAAGCAGCCCAGCACGCAGCCGACUCCAAGAGACUCCAAGAGCUUACGGUUACGGCCUACGCAGGCUUUUCUCGUUCUUCUCAUUCUUCCACUUGGAGUGGAUAUCUUGUACAAACUGGUUGAAGGGCUGAGGAUGUUUUCUGAUC